AUGGCGAGCACCAAAGUCCAGCGUAUUAUGACCCAACCCAUUAACCUGAUCUUUAGGUUUCUACAGAGCAAAGCUCGCAUUCAGAUAUGGCUUUUUGAGCAGAAGGAUCUGAGGAUUGAAGGCCGGAUCAUUGGCUUUGACGAGUACAUGAAUUUGGUUUUGGAUGACGCGGAAGAGGUCAACGUAAAGAAGAAUAGCAGGAAGCAACUUGGGAGGAUUUUGUUGAAAGGGGAUAAUAUCACUUUGAUGAUGAAUACUGGGAAGUAAUUCUGGAGACAAGGCGAAAAGUGUAAUCACUAAACCGUAAAGUGGCUGGCUGUUGGUGGUUCUAUGGGACUGUUGUCCCAACUUUGUACGGAUUCAACUCGUUUAGGAUCUAUUUUCUCUUAGCCCAUGUCUUCUAUCUCACAACUAUUGUGUAUCACCUUAUCCUGCCUUUUGAAUAUCAUUACAAGAAUUUGUAGUACUUGAAACUGGACAUCAGGUAAAUGUUUGGCAUGGCCGUUGCAGACAGUUGAAUAUGUUGAGGGAGAUGCAUUCUUACUUUGGUUACAAGAGAGAGCUGUCAUUGGUUACCUCAGAGAUAUGCAUGAUUUUGUUAAGCUUAGAGGAAAGUGUGAGAUUUUUCAGGG